UUCCUCUCCUGGGCUGGACUCUGAACAGCAGACGGGGGCUAAGAGCUCUGCAGCCAGCCCUCCCACACACCAUCCAAGCUGGGCACCAUGAAGGACGAGGUGGCUCUUCUGGCCACUGUCACCCUCCUGGGAGUCCUGCUGCAAGCCUACUUCUCCCUGCAGGUGAUCUCGGCGCGCAGGGCCUUCCGCGUGUCGCCACCGCUCACCACCGGCCCGCCCGAGUUCGAGCGCGUCUUCCGAGCCCAGGUGAACUGCAGCGAGUACUUCCCGCUGUUCCUCGCCACGCUCUGGGUCGCCGGCAUCUUCUUUCACGAAGGGGCGGCGGCCUUGUGCGGCCUGGUCUACCUGUUCGCGCGCCUCCGCUACUUCCAGGGCUACGCGCGCUCGGCGCAACUCAGGCUGGCCCCGCUGUACGCGAGCGCGCGCGCGCUCUGGCUGCUGGUGGCGCUGGCGGCGCUCGGCCUGCUCGUCCACUUCCUCCCGGCCACGCUGCGCGCCGCGCUCCUCGCGCGACUCCCGAGGCUGCUGCGGAGGCCCUGAGACCAACGACACGGGGUCGGCGGAGCUGGGGCAGAAGAGCCGGAGCGUCCGAGAGCACGGGGGAGGGGUGCUCGCCUCCGCCUUCCCGUGUGAUUAAAGUUCCGGUGACCAGA